AGAGGGGAGCGCGGGCCCGCGGAUGUCCGGGAGGCGCGCGGCCUGCGCUGGAAUGAGAUGGGGGCGGAGAAGGGGGACGCGGAGGAAAAGGCCUGCGCUGGGGUGAGGGCCAGGGAGCGUCUAGGAGAAGCGGCCGGGACUGCAGACCCUGCACCGGGGUUUAUUUCCGACUCCGCCGCGUGACUUGCUGCUUGCCUGGAAGCCGGGCCUGUGCCCACCAGCACCAUGACUCCCAUGAGGACCCAGCACUCCUUGGUGGGCCAGACUUAUGCAGUGCCUCUCAUCCAGCCAGACUUGCGGCGAGAGGAGGCCAUCCAGCAGGUGGCAGAUGCCCUGCAGUACCUACAGAAGGUCUCUGGAGACAUCUUUAGCAGGAUCUCCCAGCAUGUAGAACUGAGCCGAAGCCAGCUGCAGGCCAUUGGCGAGAGGGUCUCCUUGGCCCAGGCCAAAAUUGAGAAGAUCAAGGGCAGCAAGAAGGCCAUCAAGGUGUUCUCCAGUGCUAAGUAUCCAGCCCCAGAGCACCUGCGGGAAUACGGCUCCAUCUUCACAGGAGCCCAGGACCCUAGCCUCCAGAGACGCCCCCGGCACAGGAUCCAGAGCAAGCACCGGCCCCUGGAUGAGCGAGCCUUGCAGGAGAAGCUGAAGUACUUCCCUGUGUGUGUGAACACCAAGCCGGAGCCUGAGGAUGAGGCCGAGGAGGGGCUAGGGGGUCUUCCCAGCAACAUCAGCUCUGUCAGCUCCUUGUUGCUCUUCAACACCACUGAGAACCUGUACAAAAAAUAUGUCUUCCUGGACCCCCUGGCCGGUGCUGUAACAAAGACCCAUGUGAUGCUGGGGGCAGAGACGGAGGAGAAGCUGUUCGAUGCGCCUUUGUCCAUUAGCAAGAGAGAGCAACUGGAGCAACAGGUUCUAGAGAGCUACUUCUAUGUGCCUGACCUGGGGCAAGUGCCUGAGAUCGAUGUGCCGUCCUACCUGCCCGACCUGCCUGGCAUCGCUGAUGAUCUCAUGUACAGUGCCGAUCUGGGCCCCGGCAUUGCCCCCUCUGCCCCUGGCACCAUUCCUGAACUGCCAACCUUCCACACAGAGGUAGCUGAGCCUUUCAAGCCAGACCUAGAAGGUGGGAUGCUAACAGCACCCCCACCUCCUCCACCCCCACCCCCACCUCCCCCAGUUCCUGCAGUGCUGGUCAGUGCCCCCCCACCGCCACCACCACCCCAGACUGUGGCCCCUCCAGGCCAAGGCGCCAGGGAGGAUGAUGGCGGCAACAGCAAGUCUCCUUCAGCUCCAGUCCAGGGAGCCCCCAAGGAAGUGGUUGACCCCUCCAGUGGCCGGGCCACACUGCUGGAGUCCAUCCGCCAGGCUGGGGGCAUUGGCAAGGCCAACCUCCGCAGCGUCAAGGAGCGUAAACUGGAGAAGAAGAAGCAAAAGGAGCAGGAGCAAGUGAGAGCCACAAGCCAAGGUGGGGACCUGAUGUCAGAUCUCUUUAACAAGCUGGUCAUGAGGCGCAAAGGUAUCUCGGGGAAAGGACCCGGGACAGGGGCCAGUGAGGGGCCAGGAGGAGCCUUCGCCAGAAUGUCAGACUCCAUCCCACCUCUGCCUCCCCCGCAGCAGCCACCAGGAGAGGAUGAGGAUGACUGGGAAUCCUAGUGGCGCUCAGCCACUCCUUCCGCCUUUCUGAGAUGGAAACGGCCAGAUGGCUCCCGGGCCUGCUUGUUCUCUCAGCACCUGCUGCCCUGGGAGGGAGGGGAGCAUGGAGGGCUGUCCCAGGUCUGUCUGGGCCUGGGCCCUCUUCAGUAACAGGGAGGCUGGCUUCUGUGGCCAGACAGCUGGGGAGGGGGCUUGGCCUCCUCGGUCACCUCAGAGCUGGGCCCGGGUGGUGGGGGGGCACAGCUGGUGUCGGCCCGUGGGCUGCUCAUGUCCCUGCUCUACCCCUCCCUUCACCAGAGUGCUCUUCUCCUCCCAAGACACCGGGAGAUGAUAAGCGGUAACAUGCAUCAGUAAAGAAGUGUAAUACGAGAACUGAGCCUAAACCAACCGUACGUUUUUAAUGAAGGAACUGUACUGUGCAGUAUGCAAAUACAUCCUCAGAGCCAGCGGCUGUCCUCCUGCUCCCAUUGGUCUCUCAGCUAUGGGGACAGAAUGCCCAAGUGGCAAAGGUCCCUUUCACUAAGGUCAGGGAGAGAAGUGAGGAACAGGUCAUCAGGGGCAGCUGUUCGCAAACAAGGAGGAGGGGUAUUUUCACAGAGGAAAAAAAAAGUCUCAGUGAUAGACAUGAGGUCUCUAAAAAUAGUCCUGCUGAGAGCCUAAUGGCCCUUGGCAUAAUUGCUGAUGUCAGGAUAGGAGGUGUCUUGGAGUCUGCUCAAGUCCUUGAGGAGGGAGGGUGCCACUGACUUGCAAGAGGAACUGGAGCAAGCCAGGGAGAUAAAAAUACUGCAGAGGGCUGUGGAACAGGUUAGGGAACAGGGCUGCCUAAGAAGUGAGGCCAGCAGGUGGGGGAGUCAGGGCAGAGGGCUCUUCUCCCAGCUCUUGAUGACUUAUACAAGAGACACAAGAGAAGGUGGUUAAGGUGACAAGAAGCCGAUAGCCACCAAGGGGAUGGAAGUUGGGAAUGAGGUGCUCUUGGGGUACAUAAAGAAAGGGUGAAAGGUCUAGAACAGCUCGUUUUAGUGAGAAAGGGAAGGAGGAAGGGUGGAGGCAGGAUGGGCCAGCUUCCACCUCACCUCUAGGAAGGUGGUUCUGAGAAGCCAGGCAGGAACAGACACACUGCAGUGAAAGGCUGAACCGCCACCGCCUCCCACAAAGGCUGGGCAGGAAGCAGGCAAGCAGCUUACUCUAGGCCAAGCUGAAUGGGAAGAAGAUUCAAUUCCAGGGAGGGGAUCUGCCCUCGGAUGGGCCCGAAGAUGGCCAGCCCCCCGUUUCUCCAGGAUUAACCUAGGUUUCCUCCUAUCAGUCAGCUUUUCCAUAUCCUAUGCCCAGAUCCUGGCAGCCUGCUGAUUCCAGAAUGUGGUUGGUCUGACGCCGCACUCCCAUCCUGGGCUUCACCUUCUUAGGCUGCCUGCAGACCAGGCCCAGGACGGUGUUUCACAUGGGCGGGGUGAAGAGAAGCCUGGCAACAGGGGAGGUGCACCAUCAUCUGUCAGGAAGGGCCAGACUUCUCCCGAUGAAACUGGGGAGACAGGAAAAGGAAGUGAGCAACUAGAUCUCAGGGCAGGGGCAGGAGGUGGCCCUCGGGGGACGGGAAAGCCAGGACUCACCUUGCGCAAAGCAGCAAAGGCAAGGCCAAAGGUGGCUUUGACCUCCACGCGAUCUCGGAUCCACGCGGGUAGCUUUGCCAGGGUAGGCGGGCGGGCAUACCGCUGGUCCAGGAGCACAAUGCUGGCAAAAUCCUUCUGGUGCCUGAUGGCCCUGCCUGGGUGGCGGCAGAGAUGGCAGCUCUGAGUUAAACCUGCCUCCCUCAUGUACAUUUUCACUAUGUCCCCUUCCUCGUCCUCAGCCCCCAGAUGGGAGUGGCAGGUAAAAUCAUCCUGUCAUCUCACUCUCCAGCCAUCCACUGGAACUCCAAAUGGCCAGAAAGAGCCCCAGGCUUACCUAUAGAUUGGUUGACAGCUUUCAUGCACAGAUUCUCCACCAAAGCCUUCCCUGGGGGGGCCUGACCCGGGGUUCUGGGCUGGGAAGGGUGAAGAAGAGGGCCUAUCAGGAUUGUUUCUUAUUUGCUGCCUAUGUCCCAGUUCUCCCUGAGAAAAUGGCACUGCCAGGCUUCUGAGCAGAAGACCAGUAGGCUUCAGGGGCCCAACGCCAACAACUGAUGUAACAGGUUAUGUCACGGAGAAGACCAAGAGGACACACAGGUACCAUCUACCCAA